GAUAUCAAGAUGGCUACCCUCAAGUAUUCCCUGCUGCUUUUGACACUUUUGCUGGCUGUCCACUUGGAAGCCUCGAAAAUAGUGUACAAGAAGCCGCUCUACGGAAACGGAAAUGCCAUCAAGGACAAGCGUCUGAAGAGUAAGGGUAUUAAACAGGAAGCCACCACCAUGAGCAGCACCACCACCACAACCACCGAAGAAAAUGGGCCCUCCGCCGUGGAGUUUGUGAUCAUAACAACGCCCAAAAGCGAACUGCAAACCAAUUCGGAAUUGAUGAAUAAUGGUAGCAGUAGUAUUGCCACCACAGAACCGAAUGUUUUGGAGGUCACCUACCCGGGAUCCUUGGAGGGAUCCUCAAAACCCGGAGAAUCAUCCACAAACCCACCGAUCACCACCACAUCGGUCAGCAGUCUGGCCAACACAAUUCCCUCACCGCCGACACCAGAAUCUUUAGCGGUUCCAUCCCAGCACGAUAAUCAGCCGGUUCCCUGUACUUGUGGCGUCUUCCUCUCCUCGCAAAUCCCCAAUGGGCUGCCCACAAAACCACUGAUCCACCAGGAACUGGACCGAAUGUUCCCCUGCAAUGCCAUCGGGCGCAAACAGUGCCAAACCAAGUGCCUGGAGGCGAUCGUUCAGCACCUGCCCAAUUCCGCAAAUAUAGUUUGCUCCACUUUGGGUCACGAUUGCCACAAGGAACGCGCCUACUUGUUCAUCAAGAACUGUCACAACCAAUGGGUUAAUACAAACCUACAGGCGGGCAGGGAGUACUGUUGUCGGGCUGGAGUCCCCUACCGGUGUCCUUUAAUGGGUUAAUACUGAGAAUAUUCAA